ACGCCGCGCUGGACUGACUGUGGGGCUCGCCUAGCCGACCGCUGCGCUGGGGAGACCAUGGGGCGAACCGCUGCAGAGCUGGCCUCAUCGCUUCUGGGGCUGUGGCUGCUGCUGUGUAGCUGGGGGUGCCCCGGGAGCGCCGAGCCGCGGGCCCCGCCGGAGAAGAUCGCGAUUAUUGGAGCUGGAAUUGGUGGCACUUCAGCAGCCUAUUAUCUACGGCAGAAAUUUGGGAACGAUGUGAAGAUUGACGUGUUCGAAAGAGGAGAGGUGGGCGGCCGUUUGGCCACCAUGAUGGUGGAGGGGCAAGAAUAUGAGUCAGGAGGUUCUAUCAUCCAUCCUUUAAAUCUGCACAUGAAGCGUUUUGUCAAGGACCUCGGUCUCUCUGCUGCCAAGGGCUUUGAUGGCCUAAUGGGGGUGUAUAAUGGAGAGACACUGGUGUUUGAGGAGAGCCGCUGGUUUAUAAUUAACAUGAUUAAACUAGUUUGGCACUAUGGAUUUCAGUUCCUCCGAAUGCACAUGUGGGUAGAGGACGUACUAGAUAAGUUCAUGAGGAUCUACCGCUACCAAUCUCAUGACUAUGCCUUCAGUAGUGUAGAGAAGCUACUGCAUGCUCUAGGAGGGGACGACUUUCUUGGAAUGCUUAACAGAACCCUUCUUGAAACCCUGGAGAAAGCAGGCUUCUCUGAGAAAUUCCUCAAUGAAAUUGUCACUCCUGUUAUGAGGGUUAAUUAUGGCCAAAGCAUGAACAUCAACAGCUUUGUGGGGGCGGUCUCACUGGCUAGUGCCGAAUCUGGCCUUUGGGCAGUAGGAGGUGGCAAUAAACUUGUUUGCUCAGGGCUCCUUCAGGCUUCCAAAGGCAAUCUUAUAUCUGGCUCAGUAAUGUACAUAGAGGAGAAAACAAGGACCAAGCAGACAGGAAAUCCCACCAAGAUGUAUGAAGUGGUCUAUCAAACUGGAUCUGAAACCCAUUCAGACUUCUAUGACAUCGUCUUGGUGGCCACUCCACUGAAUCGAAAAAUGUCCAAUAUAACUUUUCUCAACUUUGAUCCUCCAAUCGAGGAAUUCCAUCAGUACUACCAGCAUAUAGUGACAACUUUAGUUAAGGGACAAUUGAAUACAACUAUGUUUGGCACUGCAGCCGUAGAUAAAUUUGAUCUCACUGCAAUCUUAACCACUGAUGAUCCAAAUUUGUUCAUUAACAGCAUUGGGAUUGUGUACCCUGUAAGAGAAAAGGAUAAUUCUGAACCAUCCACAGAUGGGACACAUGUUUGGAAGAUCUUUUCAAAAGACAUUCUUACUCAAAAGCAAAUUUUAAAGCUCUUUUUGUCUUAUGAUCAUACUGUGAAAAAGCCAUGGCUUGCAUAUCCUCACUAUAAGCCUCCGGAGAAAUGCCCCUCCAUCAUACUCCAUGACCGACUUUAUUAUCUCAAUGGCAUGGAGUGUGCAGCAAGCGCCAUGGAAAUGAGUGCCAUUGCGGCCCACAACGCUGCCCUUUUGGCCUAUCACCGCUGGAAUGAGCACACAGACAUGAUUGACCAGGAGGGCUUAUAUGAAAAACUUAAGACUGAACUAUGAAUAACAUUUUUUUCCCCUUUCUAGUUCCCAAUGGGUUAUCAUUGGCAAAAAAGAACAAAAUCUGAGCAGAGAUGAUUUUAAAUCAGAUACUUUGCCAUUAUCAUUGUUUAACAAAAGUAAUCCCUGUGGACUAUGAGGAAAUACAAAGCUCUCAUUAAGCGGGAAGGCAUAACGUGCACUUACGCCCCAUCUCCAAAAUUUCCUCACUCCUCUUUCGGUCUCCGUUAGCAGUGUUUUUCAAACUUCUCUGAUUCUAAGAAUCAUUUGGGGUUUGUUAAACGUACAGCUUCUCAAGCUCUUUUCUUGGUGAUUCUGAUCCAGUAGGCCUAGGGGUGUUACCGUUGUUGUUAGGUGUCAUCAAGUUGGUUCUGACUCACAGUGACCCCGUAUACAACAAAAUGAAACACUGAACACUGACUGGUCCUGUGCCAUCCUCACAAUCGUUGCUGUUUAAGCCCAUUGUUGUAGUCACUGUGUCAAUCCAGGACCUAGGGCUAGGGCCCUGGAAUUUAAACAAGAUCUUAGAGUAUUUUAAGCUGAGCACUUGAGGAAGAACUAGUGGCUAGACUUACCCUCUUUGUUGAGGACUGGGCCAUUCGAGCUUCACAGCUGGGCAUAAUUUUCAAUCACAUCAAAACUACUAUGAGAGCUAGUGUCUUAUGCCUGGCAUUAGUAAUUUAUACCCUUUUUCACAGUAAAUGUGCCCAUGCCCUAAGCCUUGACCUUUAGAAUGUUACCUUUUGAUUUCUUCUGUCCCAGUUUUAUUAGGGGUGAAAUUUAGAAGUCUUAGUAGGACAACCUUCAGAUGUCAUACAAGCCUCAAGUAAAACGAAAAGCAAAUACAGGUUACUGAUUUAAGAAAUUGGCAUUCUAUUAGCAAACCCUCACCUGAACCUUUAAAAAAUAUCGAUAGAUGCCCACCACCAGAGAUUCUGACUUCACGGAUUAGGGACAGUGCCUUGGUAUUGUAGUUUUUUAAAGUUCUAAGGUAGUUCUAUAUAUGUAGCCAGGGUUGAGAAUCAUCGACCUAAAAAUCUGACAGUGGACCCGAACUACUGGGUCAACUACAGGUAAAAUACUUCCUGUAAGGGAGUUGAUGUCUACAAAGGGCUUUUAGUACCUUAAAACUCCUAAGGAACUCAAUCCAUCAUCAAAGCAGAUCCUUUCUGCAAACAAUUUUUCAAUGAGAGCUCUAGUAGUAAUCUUGAUAGUAAGGAGCACUGACAGUCUAACAGCAGAGGCAACUUAGGUAACUCCAGAAUGGUUGGCACAGAGUAGGAUAUUCAGAAUGACACUAAGCUUCACCAAAUCCAGCAUGUUCAAAGUGUGACGAUGUUUCUAAAGCUACUGUGGCAUUCUGGGUGAGAAACUGGUUGCUGAAAUCUUGCUUUAAGGCAGUAGUCCUCAACCUUGGCUGCACACUGGAAUCACCUGAAGAUGAUUUAAAUCUUCCUAAGUGAUUCUUAUAUGCAGUCAAACCUGAGAACCAGUUCUACAUCUACAAUACAGAGAUCAUGAAUGACUGUUCUUACAGCCACCAGUAGGACAGAGCAAGCCAAAGACGGUGAAUUAUAAUCCUUAAUGCAACCAAGUCAGCAAAAGCCCUUCACCAGGUCAUGGCAGUAGCUAUUUUAGAAAAUGGUGUAAUGGAACAUUGAUGCAUAGUAAAAAUGGUUUCUUCCCUAGUACAGUUGUGAAUAUUAAUAUGCUAUAAAACUGCCAAGAUACAUUGUUUGAAAUAGAGGCAGCAGUUAGACCCAUUGUUUGUCAAAGGGUCAGCUUUUUAAAAAUUUUAUUCUUAUUAAGUAUGUUAAGAAGCAUUCUUUUUUUCCCUUUUGUGGUUUUAAUGAAGGCAUUACAUAAAUACUAAAAAAUCACAAAUACUAAUAAGAGCUCAUUUAAUUUCUAUCACUGGUAGAUGUGUUUUGCAAUGAGAUGUAUUUUUACUUAGGAUACCACUGCUGUUGGUAUAUCAAAUCUAUAAUGAUUAUAUUUUCCAACAGGGCAUCUGAAACUGCUUCCUCAAAGGGCAAAACAGGUAUUGCCCUGUCUAUUAGAUAGUUUUAAUACAAUUAUAGUAUUAAAGAACAUUUUUAUUGGAGUAAAAUACUAUCAGAGCCUGCUACUGCCAGAGACCACUCAUCUUUUUACAGAAGAGACUUGUAGAAAUUACGUAGGGGCUGAAUGAAAGUUAGCUCUAUUCCAAUGGUCCUACUUGAACCUGUACCAGAAUCACCUGAAGGGCUUGUUAAAACAGAUUGCUGGACUUUACCCUCACAAUUUCUUUCAGUAGGUUUGGGUGGGACACCAAAUUAACGUUCCUUGGUGAUGCUGCUAGUUUAGGAACCACACCUCUACCAGUCAACUUUUAUGUGGCUGCAAAAAAAAAUCCAAGUCCGUCAACAUCAAUGGAGAUUAAAUUAAAAAGUGCUGGAGAAAAAUGGAAAAAUAAAAAUGCAUCGGCCUUCACACCACCGCUCCUUAUUGUGAUUAAGUUUGAACCCUCCAGCUUUUCUGCUAUACAACUUCUCUAAAUACGAAGCGCCAUUUUUAAACAUACAUAUAAGUGAUUGUGUUCCAUGUUUUAAAAGUACCUUACAUACUCACCUAUGUAUACUCCAUUCUCUACAGUUUUAAAGUGAUUCAAGAUUUACCAGCUUUUUACCAGAUUACAAAAAGAACAGGCCUAAGCAUUUGCUUGGGAGGUUUCUUAAGGUUAUGUUUAUAAUAUAACCAUCCGUAAUAUAUCCCUGAUCUCAUUUUGUGAGCCGUAAGAUACAACUCAUGAACUAGAAGAAUGUAUUAUGGGCAGCAUUCUCACUACCCUCUCUACUCCACAAAGAAAGAAUGACAAUACACUGGAAUGUUUUUCUCUGGAAUGGAUCCUAUUUCUACUCUUGUAUUAAAAAAAAAAAAAAAAAUCCCUACUUAAUAAUUCCAUUCAAAAUAAACAACUACACCAUU